ACCUUUUAGGUUAAAAAAAACAAUUCCGACCAUAGAAAAACCCUAGAGCUGUCACCCCACCCCUCUCGAAGAGACCGUAGAGACGCUCGCGUCAAGGUCGCCACCAGUUACGUUGAUACUGCGAGAGUUGCCGCUAACGGAGGCCCCGCCGCCGCCGCGAGAGGCUCCGCCGAGAGGUCUGUCUGCUUAUUCUCCCUCGGCGCUGGGAGGGACUGCUGCAUCGCGAGAAUCGCUGUUUCCACACGAGUUGCGGUUUCGAACGCGAUCCAACAUGACCUUCGAAGAUCGCGAGUGUUAAGUGAAGCGAGGAGUUGGAGAAAAAGAUCGUAGAGUCGUACAAUCUUGUCGCGAUUUUGACUACCACUACAGUGAAACUGAUAUUAUAUUGAGAAGCAGAGGAGAUAAAAGAAAUGGUGUUAGGAGUGAGAGAGAUACGCUUCAGUGGAGAGCCCGUUCUUGACCGCGACAAUGGCGAGGAGCUGAUGCGGGUACAGCCUGGCACAGACAUUGUCCUCGGCAACCUUCCUCGAGAAUCCCCUGGCACGCUCUACAUCACUACUAAGCAAGUAAUAUGGGUGAGUGAUGUAGACAAGACUAAAGGGUAUGCUGUUGAUUUUUUAUCUAUAUCUCUUCAUGCUGUUUCUACAGACCCUGAAGCUUACCCUCUUCCUUGUUUAUAUACCCAGAUUGAUACUGAAGAAGCUGAUGAUGACCUCUCUGAUUCGGAAUCCAAUCCUAUCGAACAAGAUUUGUCCAAUGUCAAAGAAAUGAGGCUCAUUCCCUCUGAUCCUACCCAAUUGGACACUCUCUUUGCAAUAUUCUGCCAGUGUGCAGAGCUUAAUCCAGAACCGAAUGAUGAUGAAGAAGAAGAAGAACAUGACUGGGUUUUCAGUGCUGAUCAGAUGGUAGAUGAAGAAGCAGAGGACGAAGAUUAUAUCUCUCACAAUCCAGUCAACUCUAUUGGUCAGUCAAAUGGAAAUCAUGACCUAGCCCGUACCAUACUUGAGCUUCAAAUCAAUGAUCGAAGAUUUGAGGAUGCGGAAGAGAUGGAUGAUAAUGAAGAUGGCACCCAUCAUUGAGUGUCUGUAACUGUCUGUUGUGGUUUGGUUUUAUAUAUGUAAUCCAAUUAUGAAAAUCUGACCAGGCUUGCUUAUCUGGGACUUUUUUUAAGAAAACAGCAGAAUACCGAGUUUAAAGCUGUAUUUUGUAGAAGAACUUUUGAGUAUUGUACGGACAGUUUAUCGAUAAUUACUGUUUGGUCUUUUAUCAAUGUGCAUUUCAGUGUUGGCAAA